CUGCUGACGCUGCCGAACAUGGCAGAUUAGCAGGCGGGUGUCGGGAGUGAGUUAGUCCAUCUUGGCCUCUCCGAGCGCACAUUCUCUUCUGCUUUUUUUUGGGCUGUCCUGCGCUGUUUUUGUUCCAGUUGAGAUAAAGCUUAGCUUUUGUUGGGCCGCAAUGAACCAGAAGGUUGUCCUCAUCACUGGCUGCUCCUCUGGCAUUGGUUUGGCGCUGGCAGUGCGCAUUGCCAAGGAUGAGAAGAAGAGAUUCAUGGUCUAUGCCACCAUGAGGAACCUCGCCAAGGGUGAAGCCCUGGUGGAGGCAGCCGGUAAGACACUGGGAAGAACCCUGGUGAUCAAACAGCUGGACGUGUGUGACGAGGAUUCCAUAAAGGCCUGUGUGCAAAGCCUGCCUGAACGCAGAGUUGACAUUCUCAUCAGCAAUGCAGGGAUGGGCCUGAUUGGGCCUAUAGAAUGUCAAAGUAUAGAUGAGAUGAGAAACGUCAUGGACACAAACUUCUUUGGGUUGGUUCGCCUCCUUAAAGAAAUUCUGCCUGACAUGAAGAGGAGGAAGAAAGGCCAUAUUGUAGUCAUAAGCAGUGUCAUGGGCAUCCAAGGCAUAUUGUUCAAUGAUGUCUAUGCUGCAUCUAAAUUUGCUUGUGAAGGAUUCUGUGAGAGCCUUGCUGUCCAAGCAUUGAGAUUUAACCUGAAGAUUACUCUCAUUGAGCCGGGUCCAGUCAUUACUGAAUUUGAACGUAAGGUCUAUAAUGAAGGAGUCAAGAUAGACCUUUCAAAAGCCGACAAGGUUACUGCUGACAUGUUUACUAACAUCUACCUGAAAAACUACGGCCAGAUCUUUGAGAGCCUUGGCCAGACACCAGAAGACGUAGCAGAGCACACACACAAAAUCAUCACAAUGGACGACCCACCCUUCCGCCAUCAGACAAACACUCUGUACACCCCUAUGACCACUCUGAAGUACGCCGACCCCAACGGAGACCUGCCCAUCGAAACCUUCUACACGAUGGUGUUUGAGCACGACAAGGUGUUCAAUGCCAGCCUCAACUUUCUCAAGCUACUGCGCUGGAGAAGUCGCAAGAGCUUCACUCUGGAUAAAGAGGAGAACAAAUCCUAAUCACUUUUAUACACAAAACACAUUUUCAUUUAAUUCUAACCAGUCCGGUUUACAUUCUGAUAUCAUUUGGGGGUAUUCUGCUUUUAUACUACUGGUUAAACUUUCUCUGUCUGCUCGUGUGUCUGUGCAGGGGUUUGUCCCUUUUCUGUUAUUCUUUGUGUUGACAUCUCACAUGUCUCCUUGUUUUUCUGGCUAAACUCCAUGAGGAAAUGAAAAAAUAAACUAUUCUCAGUCACAGACAGAAUUACCACAUACAUCCAUCAACUCUU